AUACUAAUCCUCAUCAGACCAAUAUUCCAUUUCCAUUAUAACAUACAGGUGUUUAUCUCCCCCUGAUUAGAAAAGAAGAUUUGGCAAUUCCAUCUAUGGAGAUCAGGCAACUACAACCAUCUUCAGAAAAUGCUCAGUCAGAUGCCAAAAGAGGGAAACCAACACGGCGUCGUUUCACCGGCGACGCUCACGUUCCCAUCAACAAGCGGGUUCGGGUUCCUGCAAUCUGCGUUCCCGCCAUUUUCCAUCUUAAAAAGGAACGUGGUCUCCGCUCCGACGGUGAUAUCAUCCAUUGGCUAAUUCAUGAGCUCCGACCCGAACUACUACCCGCUCCUAAACCAUCCAACUCGCCUCGGAGUCGCCCGAUUCGCAACUCCGUCAAUGACUCUGUUCCAAAACCCGUCUGCAUGGAGUACCUAAACGACGAUAAGGUCGCUUCUUAUCUUCCAGUCGCCUCCGGUACUGCUACGGCUAAGGGGAAGCCGGUCAGGGCGACUGUAGUUCAGGCCUCGACGGUGUUAUUUGAUACUCCAGCUACACUGGAUAAGGCAGAGAGACUAAUUGCUGGAGCAGCUGCUUAUGGGUCACAAUUAGUAGUGUUUCCAGAAGCAUUUCUUGGUGGUUACCCACAGUAUCUGACUUUUGAUUCUGCAAGAGAUGAUUUGCAGAAGUAUUAUACUUCAGCAAUUGAUGUGCCUGGUCCGGAAGUUGAUUGGCUUGCAAAAAUUGCUGGUAAAUAUAAAGUCCACUUAGUAAUGGGAGUUGUUGAGAGAGCUGGUUGCUAUCUCUUUAGUACAGUUCUGUUUUUUGAUUCUCUGGGACAGCGCCUUGGACAGCAACGAAAGCUAAUGCCAGUGGCAUCAGAAAGUGCAGUGUGGUAUUCUGGACAGAAAUCUUCAUUGCCAGUAUAUGAGACCUCAAUUGGAAAGAUUGGUGGCCUCGUCUGUUGGGACAAUAAAUCUCCUCUCCUUAGAACUGAAUUAUAUGCUAAAGGUGUUGAAAUAUAUUGUGCACCUUCUGCUGAUUCGAGGGAAAUAUGGAAGUCGUCAAUGAUCCAUAUUGCAGUAGAAGGUGGCUGCUUUGUUCUCUCUGCAAGUCAACUUUGCAGGAGAGACUACCCACUAUCAUUUGGAGAUUCAAAUAGUGAUAAAUCACUUGAUGUUAUAACAAGUGGCGGAGGUAGUGUUAUUGUUUCACCAUCCGGGACUGUCUUGGCUGGACCUAAUUACCAAAAGGAGUGUCUUAUCUCAGCUGAUCUUGACCUUUCAGAGAUCAAUCGAGCAAAGACAGAAUUUGGUGCAAUUGGGAACAACCUCAAGCCAGACCAUGUUGGUUGGUGUGCAAGUGAACUGAAUCCAAUUUUACUUGCAACAGAUAUAAAAAUCGAAGAUCCCAAUGACAAUGAGCUUUCAGGGUGACUUGGCUAGGUAGAAAAUGUUGGGUGCAGAAAUUAACUCUUUCUAAUCAUACUAAGGGUAAUGUCGAGUCUACAUUUUGCUUGUAAUUAGUUUUUUGUACAGUUUGAUGUGUAAAAAGUUUGGGUAGAGAUUAACUAAAAUAUGUCUAGGGUUAGGGUAACUGAACGUGAAUAUGAUGUAUGGCUAAUAGUUGCCUUUCUGGGCAAUUUUGAUGUGCAAAUUGUGCUUUUA